AUGGCAUCCAAGCAGACAGAGCCGGUCACCAUCAUUAGCCUACGGAAGCUGAGUCUGGGGAACCCAGAGCCACAGCCUAAAGAGACCAAGACGUUCACUGUAGAAGAUGCUGUGGAGACCAUCGGAUUCGGGCGCUUCCAUAUUGCCCUGUUUCUGAUCAUGGGCAGCACGGGGGUGGCUGAGGCCAUGGAGAUUAUGCUCAUAGCCGUGGUGUCCCCCGUCAUCCGCUGUGAGUGGCAGCUGGAAAACUGGCAGGUGGCACUUGUGACCACGAUGGUGUUUUUCGGCUACAUGGUAUGCAGCAUCCUCUUCGGUGUCCUGGCUGACAAAUAUGGCCGCUGGAAGAUUUUGUUCCUCUCGUUUGUGUGGGGCGCCUACUUCUCCUUGCUGACGUCCUUCUCGCCCUCCUACACCUGGUUUGUCUUCCUGCGUGCCAUGGUGGGCUGCGGUGUGUCCGGCCACUCUCAAGGGCUCAUCAUAAAGACCGAAUUCUUGCCGACAAAAUACCGAGGCUUUAUGCUCCCUUUGUCUCAGGUCUUCUGGCUGGCCGGCUCCUUGCUCAUCAUCGGCAUGGCGUCAGUGAUCGUCCCCACCAUCGGCUGGCGCUGGCUCAUCCGCAUCGCCUCCAUUCCCGGCAUCAUCCUCAUUAUAGCUUUCAAGUUUAUUCCUGAGUCGGCCCGGUUCAACGUCUCCACUGGGAACACGCAGGCUGCCCUGGCCACGCUGCAGAGCAUCGCCAGGACGAACCGCUCGGUCAUGCCCGAGGGGAAACUGGUGGAGCCCGUGCUGGACCUGUCCCUCUCAGCUCGCUCCGGCUCUCUGGUGCCAAAUGAACUCUCUGGCCUGUUCAGCAGACGGGAGACGGCUCAGAGCUGCCAGGGCUCCAUGGAGGAACUUAUUCCUUAA